UGGACAGGAUAAAAAACCGACUUUCAAUUUGCUGGUAACUAAUAUUUCUCGCACAAUAAGCAGCCAACCAAUAAAUUUUCCUUAUACAUUGUUGCGAAUUUUUUUAAAAUUUAGAGAUCUAGAUCUGGAAUAUUCCAUACACGGAAAGUUAGGAUUUACCAGGAUUACUAGAACUCCUUGAACCAAUAUAGGUGGACAAACUAUUCAGCAUAUUAUGGAGAUCGUUUCAAGCUCGUGUGUUUUCUCAAGCGUAACAUUCAUCGCGAACUAAAUGCAACAAGUUAACGGAUAUUUGUCCUGCGCGAUAAUUUUCCCUGGCAACGGGUAUCGACAAACAAUUAUAGCUUCUGCGGGCCAUUUAGCUUGUAGGACUAGUGCAACAGAAAUUUUCUCCUGUGAAAAUUAUCGAAUACUUACGAUACAAUGAUGAAUCUGGAUCGUUUUACAAUGAUCUCAAACGAAGUGGUGGAGUUCAGGUCAACCUACUUUCCGGAGGAGAAACCGACACUGGUGGAUUCAUCCAUUGGCACGGAUCCGCCGGCACCGAAAGUGGAUGUUGAAAUCACAGCUACCGAACGAAAGGACAUUGGGACUCAGACAGGCGGAUCACCUCGCCACAUGGCGGCCAACUGUGAUGAGGGUAAACUGUCCAACUGGUUGCGCAGAGUAUAUCCUCUAGUGGAAGAAGAAUUGUCAUUCGGUAUAACCGAAGUCUGUGAUAUGUACGAUGAAUGUGAUGAUUCGUCCGAUGGAUUCACUGUUCGAAUGCAUCAGGAAUUGAAACUGCAAAACACUGAUCCUGCCGAUACCAGUCGGAAACGAAAUAUGGGAGCCGCUGCAUGGCUGUCGGUUUUAACACGGAACGCACCAAUUCUAGUACUGGCAAGCAGUUCCCAUCACGAGGCCUGGUGUGAUCACAUAUUUGCCUCUAUUACGGUGUUCACUCCAAGACGAGAUUCCUAUGGUUCCGUUCAAUGGGUCGAAUUAUGCAGCAACCCGGUGAAAGCAUGCAUUGAAUCAUUGGAAACGAAUCCAUUCAACAAGGAUAUGUUCGCUGGUGGUACGGUGUCCGGUGAUGUUUACAUAUGGCAUUACGAGUUAAAUUUGAGAAACGAACAGAACUCUUUCUCGGAAUUGUUUUCUGAGACUACAGACUUCGGAAAAGUGGUCGAUAUGGCGUGGAUAAGAUUGAAUCCUCUUACCAAGGAUUUCGGUCUUCUGUCGUGUCACAGCGACGGAAUAGUGUUACUUUGGAAGGUUGGCAAGCAUAUCGGUAAAGAUAAGAUAUUCCGAAUUACUCCCCAGGGAACGUCUGGCAAAGCGAUCAUAUUGACACGAAUUUCGACUAUUUCCAAUUCGGAAUUUGUUGUCGGAACCGUAGAUGGUGGUAUCCUGUUGUGCUCAUUAACUCAACUGAUUCCGAUAGGAGCGUCCGAUGGAGGGGAGCGCUCGGGUUCUUCACCCGCUGUUGUCAAGAGGAAUCACUUUGCCCCUACCAUAAUCGAACUCAAGUCUCAUUCUUUUGCUGUGACCACAUUGCUGAAAAAGGAAAAUGCUCGGCAGAAAUUUCUUGUCAGUUGCGAUAUCACUGGUGAAGUGUUCUUCCACGAUAUUACCGAUGUGAUAAACUCGGCCCCUCCAAUAAUUAUAAAAAUGCCACUGCCGUUCAAAAAUAGAAUCGCUUGCACCGAUGAUAUGCGAUUCAUUUUGAGUCCGAACAACGAUGGUAUGCUGGAGAUUUACAGAAUCGAUGAUGGAUCUCAGGAAAACGUUGGUGAAAGUAAAUUGCGAGGGAAACCUAGCCUAAUAAGGGCAAGCUCCAAUGGGAAGUGGAUAAUUACGGGACCGUACGAUGGGGGUUUCAUAAUUUAUUUUGUAGAAAGGGAAGAGUAAAUUUUGAGUAGAUGGAGGGUCACUGUAAAGAAGGGCUCUAUGUAUUGUGAAUGAUAUCACAGCAUCGAAAAAAAAAAUUUUUGCAUAGGAUUACGUCUUUCGGGGACAUAUUGGGGGUACAAAUUGAAAAACCAAAAUCUAUCGCAUCGCGAAAAUUAUUCAAUUUCGAACACUCAUAACUCAGUUAUUUCCUGAUGGACUCAUGAGGUUUUUACAUCAAUCAAUUUGAGCACUCCAUAACAAUUUAUUACAAUGAAUAAAAUAAUACAUUUUACGAAACUAUCAAACAAUUGGAAAAUCU